CAAGUUGGCGGGGAGGAGACAAGAUGGCGCCGGGUGGGCGGGACGGAGGCAGACCCCGGAAACACUCUGCUUAACUGGGAAUGUAAAGAAAGGCGCAGGCGUCAGGCUUUGACACACUUUAGAAUUCGAAUGGAGAGGGUGCGUCCAAAAUACGGUCUCCGUAAGCGUUACUAAAGAUAGGGUGGCGCCAGCAAGAGCGCGCAAGCGCGAAGCCCGCUCACUCGCGGGAAACGGCGCGACGGGGCCCCAGUGCGCGUGCGCACCACUAGUCGAUGGUGGGCCGAAGACUGGCGGAAGCUAGCUUUAUGGCGGCGGAGGCAGCCGGGCCGCUCAAACGGGUGCUGGUCCCGAUUCUUUUACCUGAAAAAUGCUACGACCAAAUGUUCGUCCAGUGGGAUUUGCUUCAUGUUCCCUGCCUCAAGAUUCUCCUCAGCAAAGGCCUGGGACUGGGCAUUGUGGCUGGGUCACUUCUGGUAAAACUACCUCAAGUGUUUAAAAUCCUGGGUGCUAAGAGUGCUGAAGGGCUGAGUCUCCAGUCAGUGAUGCUGGAGUUAGUGGCACUGACUGGGACCAUGGUCUACAGCAUCACCAACAGCUUCCCCUUCAGCUCUUGGGGUGAAGCCCUGUUCCUGAUGCUCCAGACAGUCACCAUCUGUUUCCUGAUCCUGCACUACAGAAGACAGACUGUGAAAGGUGUCGCCUUUGUAGCCUGCUAUGCCCUGAUCCUGCUGGUGCUGCUUUCACCGCUGACCCCUCCUGUUGUAGUCACCCUGCUCCAGGCCUCCAAUGUGCCUGCAGUGGUGGUGGGGAGGCUUCUCCAGGCAGCCACUAAUUACCGUAAUGGACACACAGGCCAGCUCUCAGCCAUUACAGUCUUUCUGCUCUUUGGGGGCUCUCUUGCUCGGAUCUUCACCUCCAUUCAGGAAACUGGAGACCCACUCAUGGCUGGAACUUUUGUGGUCUCUUCCCUCUGCAACGGUCUCAUUGCCACCCAGCUUCUCUUGUAUUGGAAUGCAAAGGUUCCCCCCAGGAAGAAAAAGGAGUAGGAUUAACCUAGCAAAUGGUGUCCGUCCCGGGAUUCUAUUCAUCCACCCAGCUGCAGGGUUCUUCCCAUCUGAACCAGUCAGCUGGUGUAACUUCUGAUCAUUCCCCAUUCUUCUGUAAUUGCAUUUUGAACCAGGGAUUUUAAUGGAAAUGCAUAGUUGGUGAACCCUGAACCUAAGAUUGAGAGUGGGUAUAUAGACAACAUCUAUUGUAGCUCUUCAGCAUGUGCUGUUAACUCAUUAAACAUUUGGUAGACUCCUCCUUUA